AUGGCAGCACGUAGUACAUCAUCAUCAUCAUCAUCUUCAGAAACUGAAAUCACAUCUGAACGUAUUCGUGCAACUAGUGAAACAUCUGGAGAUAUAACUCGUACAGAAUCAAAUUUACGUGCAGAUUCACCAACCAAUACAAUAGAUGGUACUUCAAUUGCUGAUACAACAACUGUUCGAAGUGCUUCACCAACAGCAAGUCAUGUAUCAGGAGCACAUACUCAUACAACUUUUGAUUCAGUUAGUGUUGCCACAGCAAAUACAGGUUUUUCGAAUGCAACAGCUAUAUCACAACCACAAAUAGCUGGUGGUAUACCAAUAAUUCGACCACCUGGUUUACAACAACAGCAACUAUCAGGUACAGGUAUUGGAGUAUUCGGACCACAAAGACCAGCUGGAUAUCCAACACAACCACCAGGUGGUUCAAGUGGUAGUAUCAAUCAACAACCAAUUCAAAUUGAUGUAGCAGCAGCACAACAACAAUAUCAACAACGUGGAAUGCAACCUGAAAUUAGUCCUUAUAGUGGUUCAACAACAUCAUCAAGUGCCGGAUCAUUAUCAGUUUCAGCUGCUACUUCUUCUCAUCAAAAUCCUCGUUUUGAUGCAGCUAAAGCUGUAUUUAAUCAAGUAGAUGCAAAUAAAGAUGGUUCAAUUAGUCGAGAUGAAUUUCAAUCAUGGGCUCAACGUGGUAUUAGUCCAGGUGGUUCACAACUUAAUCAACAACAGCAGCAACAGCAACAACAACAACAACAAUUUCCAAAUCAAAUUCCUGCAAGUCAAGUUUAUAAUGAAUUACUCGGUCCUGAUGCUUUUAAAGAUGUUAUAUUAGAUAUUGAUUAUGGUGCUAUGGCAGGAUUUAAUGUUGCUUUUCAAUCAGGUGGUGAUUUUGACAAUGGUCAAUUACCACCCGGUAUUAACGUUCGUCCAGCUUAUACAACCGUUGAUUCACUUAAUUAUCAACAACAUAUGUUUAAUACAGCACGUACAAUAAAUGCAAGUGGUCAAAAUGAUAGUUUUGAUUUUAGCGGUGCGAAUAAUAGUUCUUAUGGUGGUAAUGAUGGACAACAACAACAACAGCAACAACAACAACACCAACAAUUUGAUGUUGCUCGAGCAAUGUUUAACCAAGUUGAUACAAAUCGAGAUGGUUCAGUUAGUCGAGAAGAAUUUCGACAAUGGGCUGCUCAAAGUAAUCCUCCUCAACAAAGCCAAAGCUAUGGUAGUACACCAUCAUAUUCAACAGGAGUUAAUUAUCCAACAAAUUAUGGAAAUAGUGCUGGUGGAGAUGGUGCUAGUAACAGUUUAUACCGUGCAACUUUAUAUGAUGGAGCAAAUCCAGCUGUAGCAAAUAUUCUUCAACAAAGUGGACUUGGACAAGUUGUACCAAAUUAA